UGCUCUGUCACCUGUUAAUUGUUAUCAUUUGUCUAAAUGUUUUCUAUUUAUCAUUUGCAGGGUGGCAUUUUCUGUCCGUAUUUUAGGUUAAUUGGCAACUAGUCAUUCGGAGAGAAGGAAUGUCGGAGUUGAUCACACAGAGUCAGCGGUGUGGACAUAAACCAAUCACAAAGCAAGAACUUCUCGAGCGAGACGCACCAGUGCGUAAAUGUGGGUCAUUCCACGCGCACAGCACCGAGAUCAGACGCAGUUAUCCCAACUUGCCAACAUGGGACAGAGCUGGAUAACGGACAGGUCUCUCCUAAAGACUAACUUAAACAAUGUAGCUGACUGGCUUUGUUGAUAAUCUGUAGUAAUGGAUACGAUAUUAGAAAUGGAGAACGGUACAAAUCACACGCAGGACCGCGCGCACGGAGCGCAGGAGCGAGAGGAUGGAGACGGGCAGAACAGCGUGCGCGCUCUGCUUGGUUUUGUGCUCUUCCUCCUGAUCGUCUCCACGCUUUUAGGGAACACACUCGUGUGUGCCGCCGUGGUCAAAUUUAGACACCUGCGCUCCAAAGUAACCAACUUUUUCGUCAUUUCUCUGGCCGUUUCAGAUCUCUUCGUGGCCGUCCUGGUGAUGCCGUGGGAGGCAAUUUCCGCGGUGGCUGGCACAUGGCUUUUCGGCCGGUUUUGCGGCAUCUGGAUUGCAUUUGACAUCAUGUGCUCCACCGCGUCCAUCCUCAACCUGUGCAUCAUCAGCGUGGACCGCUACUGGGCCAUCGCGAGCCCGUUCCGUUACGAGCGUAAAAUGACCCACCGGGUGGCUUUCAUGAUGAUUGGAGUGGCGUGGACCCUGUCCAUCCUAAUCUCCUUCAUCCCGGUUCAGCUCAAUUGGCACAUGGCUGAUGACGACGAGGAGGGCGCAGGGGGAAACGGCACAGACUACAGCGACAACUGCAAAGCCAACCUGAACAGGACCUAUGCCAUCUCGUCUUCGCUUAUAAGUUUCUACAUCCCCGUAAUCAUCAUGAUCGCCACGUACACGAGGAUAUUCCGUAUUGCGCAAACGCAGAUCCGCAGGAUCUCCUCUUUGGAGAGAGCGGUGGAACACGCGCAAAACCACCACCAGUCCAACGACUGCUCCAACGAGAACUCUCUGAAAACCACCUUCAAGAAAGAGACCAAAGUUUUGAAAACACUCUCUAUCAUAAUGGGAGUCUUUGUGUUUUGCUGGCUGCCGUUUUUCGUGCUCAACUGCAUGGUGCCCUUCUGCCAGUGCGUCAGUGACACGACCUUCACCAUCUUCGUGUGGUUCGGAUGGGCCAAUUCUUCCCUCAACCCUGUCAUCUACGCGUUUAACGCGGACUUCAGGAAAGCGUUCUCCUCGAUUUUGGGCUGCAAUAAAAUUUUCCCCUGCACCGCCGUGGAGACGGUGAACUUCAGUAACGAGCUGGUGUCCUAUCACCACGACACGACCCUUCAGAAAGAAGCGCAACCACUGGCUGCCCAGAUGGCGAACACUCGAGAGGAGCAGAGUCUCCCGUUUGACAAGGAUUCGGUCACCUCGAACGUUUCUCGGAAUCACAAAAACAUGCUGUUACCGAACAUCGGGCAGUUUGAGUGCGACGGGGAGAUUUCACUGGACACGAUCACACCAUUCACCUCGACUGGACUCAUGGAGUGCGAGGGAAUCCCAGGCCAAAUCAUUACUGAAUGACUCAGGGGGGUUAAGAGGUCAUUAACCUUUCCAAAGCAAACCAAAACAAAUGGUUGAAUGUUUUACAAAGUACUGAACAGAUUCAGUUCUUAAAAGAAAGCUUUUGAAUUAACUUUUCAGCGACCAAAAAGUAUCGGCAACGUUAGGUUAUUAGUGAAGUACCAAAACAGUAAGUUCGCUAAAGUGGUAACCAUAGAAACAGUAGCUUUAUACGCCGCUCGAUCGCUUGCAGUAUUAAAUGUUGCAUAUUAGCAAAACAUAAAUACUGCUACUGUUUUAC